AUGGCUUCUUUUGUGAAAACCUUCCUGGCCGGCUCGCUGUUCGUCUUUGCUUCUGUCCAUGCAGGCGUAGCUUCGCACAGGGGCAAUUCCAGGGACACCUCGCUUCGCGCAAGGUCGAGUCCCGUUGUCACUGUCAAGAAUGGAUCCUACGAGGGAAUCCACAGCGACGCCUAUGAUCAGGAUUACUUCCUCGGCAUGCGUUACUCCCAGCCAGCAGAGCGCUUUACUUUGGCUCAGCCCCUGAACUCCACGUGGAACGGAACUCAACCUGCAACGACCUACCCGAAGUCCUGCGUGGGCUAUGGCGGCGAUGACGUUGGCUACGACCUGUCUGAGGAUUGCCUCUUCUUGAACGUCAUCCGACCAGCAGGCAUUGAUGAGACGGCAGAGCUUCCAGUCGCGGUCUGGAUUCACGGAGGUGGCCUGUAUAUGGGCGGGAGUCAAGACAAGCGGUAUAAUCUAUCCUUCAUCGUUCAAAACUCGGUCGACCUAGGUACCCCCAUGAUCGGAGUAAGCAUCAACUACCGACUCUCGGCAUACGGAUUCCUGGCGGGCAGCGAAGUCCUCGAGGCUGGAAUCGCCAACAACGGCUUCCGGGACCAGCGGCUCGCGCUGCAGUGGAUCAACGAGAACAUCGUCAGCUUCGGCGGUGACCCGACCAAGGUGACUAUCUGGGGCGAGAGCUCCGGAGCCGAGUCGGUCAGCGCACAAGUUCUGGCUUACAAUGGCCGAGAUGAUGGGCUCUUCCGGGCUGCUAUCGCAGAGUCUGGCUUCGGAGGUAUCCUGUCCAGAUACCCGGGCGGUGCCAACAACACGGAAGCUAUGGACGCGCUCUAUAACCUUUUCGUGUCGAAUACUUCUUGCGCGUCGACAGCGAACACGUCCGCCUCGCUCGACUGUCUGCGGUCGCUUCCAUUCGAUGAGAUCAACGCUGCGCUGAACGGAACCGAAGCUGCACCGUGGCCUCCGAUGCUUGAUAGCGAUUUCAUCGCGGACUUCCCCGUGAACCAGCUCAACAGCGGCCGCUUCCCCAAGAUCCCGAUCCUCAUCGGCACGAACACCGACGAAGGAUCCGCCUUCGGCCAGGGCAAGGGCCCCAACGGGACGGGUGUCGACACCGACGACGAGAUGCGGGCCGCCGUGGAGGCGAUCAUGGGUCCAGACGCGCCCACCCAGACGGGCAAGUCACUGGACGAGCUGGCGAACGAGCUGCUGGCGCUAUACCCGGACAUCCAGGCCGUUGGUGUCCCGUCGCUGGAGAAGUUCCCCGUGAUCGAGGCCGGUGACGCGAUUGCGACGGCACUGGGCCUGCAGUUCCGGAGGACGGGCGCCUUCUUUGGAGAUUUCCAAUUCCAGUAUCUCCGACGCAGGGCCAGCAUUGCCUGGUCCAAUGCGGGUCUGCCCUCUUACAGCUACGAGUUCAAUGUUGUCAGUGCUGGAGUACCAAACUACAUCGGGGCAACACAUUUCGCAGAAGUCAUGUUCGUCUUCGACAACGUCAACGCCGUCGGAUACGACAGCACCACCGUCCCGAUCGCUGACGAGCCCGCGGCGUACGCGGCGCUCGCAAAGGGCAUCUCGAACGCGUGGGUCAACUUCGUCGUGGGCCUGGACCCGAACGGCGCCGGGCUCGAGAUCGACGGCGUCGGCGCGUGGCCCGUCUACAACGCCACAGCGGGCGGCGGCGUGGGGCAGAACGUCGUCUUCGACACGAACGGCAGCUCGGUGGCCUGGGACUCGUACAGGGCCGAGGGCAUCAACUGGAUGAUCGAGAACUCGCUGUCCGUUUUUGGAAACUGA